AUGUCGAAAAAAAGAGAAAUGGCGAGUAUACCACUGACUGGGCUGAAGAAGAGUCACAACCAUCGAAGUACUGAUGCGACGUACAUGUGUCCUGCAACCUCAGGUCUGGAACACUUCAUGAACGACGAUGAUACGUAUUACCCCUCGAGAAAGCAGUCGGAGAAGAUGCAAACAGUUCUCGCAUCAUGGAAUAAGAAGAUCCUCCUUCUCUCCUCCAGGUUACAAUUUUCCGUCAGAACGUCCUGA